ACAGCUGUCAAAGCACGUGUUUUUGAAAAUUUUGUGUUUUCGUGGAAAAAUUGUGAAAAAAGUGAUAAAAUGGGUAAGGGAAAGCAUAAGAAAGUCUUGCGAUCGGAGAAAGCAAAAGUGAAGCUAAAAGGUGCCAAACUCCCAAAAGGUCAGAACAUCACAAAGACCGAUUUUAAAGUGAAAAAGAUUCUAAUCCGGGAGCAAUUGAGUGAUACUGGGGUAUCUGCUGAUGGUGUUCACAAGGUAAAUAUCAAGGAUCUCUUGGGCAAAUUGAGGCAGAAUAAUUCCUCAAUAAAGCAAGACUCCCUGAAAAGCCUUAAGGAAGCAAUAUCCAGUUCUCCAGGGGAAUUCUUUCCCAAACAUUUGGGAGAAGUUGUGCAAAGUACUGGACAACUUUGCUUGGAUGUAGAUAGAGAUGUUCGCAGGGAGAGUUUCCGAUGCCUUCAGACUCUACUGGGAUCCAUAGAUAUCACUCUGAUGGAGCCAUUCUUUGAUAUGCUCUCAUCCUACUUGCGUUGUGCAAUGACUCACUUGCAGAAUUCCAUUCAGGAGGAUUCUCUCCUUCUCCUGGACGUCUUACUGCAGCACAUUCCGAAUCUUGUGGCCAAGGAGAGUGAUAGGAUUUUUGGGAAUUUUCUAGACAUGGUGUCAAAGCUUCGUUCAGAGUCUAAACCCGGCAGAACCUUGUCUCUAAAUUUGGGGAAGAAAAUUACCGCAGUAAAGUGGAGAAUACGGGUUCUGGAGAGACUUCUAAAGCUCCUCCAGGCUGUGAAUGCAUCCGUGUGGAUUGCAGACACAGAAACAGCUGUCAAGAGCAUAGAAUUCAACGACAAUGGGACUUUCUAUUGUCCAAUAAUCAAGACUCCGCAGAAACUCUGGUUCGAAGAGAUUUCCGGGAUGUUUAUCCAGGAAAUGAGUUCCCUGAAGCAGAAAAAUGCCACAAAAUCCGCAGAUUUCAGUGAAUCACGAAAAGUUGUGUACUAUGUGGAGCAAAUGGUGCCCCUUCUAGUGGAAACCUGGAUGGAGAUUCGUCCGCAGAACUUUGAAGAGGCAGAAGGAUCUCUUGGACAGGAAGCAGCCAGCACAAUUUCCCUGAUUGCAGGAAUUCUGGAUGAAUUGUGGAAGAUGAUUGUGAGAUGUGAUCAAAAGAGUCAAAAUGACGAAAUGCAAUUGUGGCUAAGGAAAACUUACAGCAGAGAUUUCUGUCAGACUUUCAUGUCAGGAUUUCCGUAUACUUUUGCCGAAAAGUCUCGUUCAGCAACAUCCCAAGAGGAGAAUCUUCGUCUGUGUUAUCUCUUCUGUUGUCUCAGUGACCCCAGAGAUCUGACAAAUUUGCCAUUGAGUCGACAGAUAAUUGAUUUUACGAGUGCUUGUCUCACCACAUGGAGGAGUCACAGUGUGUCAAGUUGGAUGUGUUUGCACAAAGUAUUGGGGAUUAUUUUGGUGGAAAAUGGGAAAAGUUGGUCCACAAAGUGUAAACCAAAUUUGAGAAAACUUUCUGAGAAAUUGCUAGAAAUUCACCAAAGCUCCAAGCUCAGCAAUGAAUUGAGAGGAAGAAUUCUUGUUCUGAUUUGUCAUGCACUGAAUUCUGAGGAGAAUUCAGUGGUCAAAGAAGCCACAGUAUCGUGGUUUCAUCAAUUGCGGGAAAUACUUAGACAUGCAGAUAAAAUACCUCAAAAUCUUGCAGAGGCUCUAGGGAAACUGUAUACCAUCAGCAGAGAAUUUGUAAUGUUCCUCGGAGAAGACCUUACUGCCAUACUGACCAAUAUAUCGAAAAUGAAAAUUUCUGAAAGUGAAAAUGAAAAUCUUUCAAAAAGGAAAUUAGUUAAUUUUAUCUAUUGGCUGCCUCAAAGAGUUCCGGAAAAUGUCAUUGAACUUCUGGAAGAUACUGAUUUCAAGCGGUACGUUGAAGAUUUAAAUCGUAUAAAAAAGUAAUUUAUAUUUUUUAAAUUACGAAUUGUAUAUGACUUUUACUAUUAAAAUUUCUUAAAUGAAAAAAAAACAAA